AUGGUCGGACUUCACAGCUGUUUUGUUACCAUCGGAUUCAUGGCCUUUUUCAUGGCCUCACCGUCUGCUGCCAAUUAUGGUUUAGGAAACAACAUCAUCGAUGCGGAAUUGAUGAAAGAAGUAGAGCUACAUCAUCCGCCUCCGUCAGGUGCAGCAGCACUGCUUAAUGAUGUUUUGGCGUGCCAGUCGGAUCCCUGCUUUCACGGGCUCUGCAUUGAUCACAUAAACAAUUCGAGUUAUUCGUGUUUCUGCGAGGACGGGUAUACCGGCUAUCAAUGUCAAACAGAUUGGAAUGAAUGCUGGAAUGGUCCGUGCAAAAAUGGAGGCACCUGCGUCGAUGAUGUUGGACGAUAUCAUUGCCUUUGUCUCCCAGGUUACACCGGCGACGACUGCCAAGUGAAUAUCGACGAAUGCCAAUCGGAUCCGUGCCAGAACGGGGCGACGUGCCAAGACGGCGACAACGGAUACCGUUGCCGCUGUCUGCCCGGCUACGAAGGCGCUUUUUGUCAAGUGGAUGUCUCCGUCUGUCGCCAUCACCACAGUAAUACGAGCAGUCGCGACCUCUUCCUACCACCCACUUGCCGUCACGGUGGCCGAUGCGUCGAAGGCCCCGGUUUGGCCUAUUAUUGCCUCUGCCCGGAAGGUUGGACGGGGAAACAUUGCGAGACGGACGUGGACGAAUGCUGCAGCAAUCCGUGCAAGAACGGCGGCCGUUGCAUCGAUCUGAUUGGAAGUUACGAUUGCGCAUGCUCGCACGGUUUUACCGGUCGUAAUUGCGAGACGGCCCUGGAGCGAUGCGACGACGGCCUUUGCGGCCACCAGGGCAUCUGCUGGCUGGAUGGCGAUGACGGCCAAACUUCCUGCUACUGCCGUCCCGAUUUCCACGGAGUGCAUUGCGAGAACCAAUAUAACGAGUGCCUUCUGCCAGGGACCAAAUGUCUCAACGGUGGCCAAUGUAUCGACCAGGUGGACGGCUAUUCGUGCUCCUGCCCACCACUUUGGACGGGACCACGCUGUCAAUCGUCCAAUAAUCAAAUUGGAAACGAACUACACGAAACAACAAUAUCGACUGUCUCGACAGCUGUUACCUCUCAACGAUCGACGGUGACAACGAUGACGUCCGUCCAAGAUCCGACGACUCUACCGAGUUUACUGUCGACGCCGGAACUGGAAUCGGAUCCAAUCGAUGGUGAUCCAACGACACCGGAAUGGACCACUACAACUCACCUUUCGCGGGAGAUUGAAAACACCAUCUGGACGACUAUGGGCAUGUCUGAAGAGUCUACAAUGUCCAUGAACGGAUCAAUGGUUCAAGACUUGACAUUGCCGACAACAGUAUCCGAUGAAACGUCAACGACCAUGUCGACCGAUGGAUUAGAGACCACUACGGUAGUGACGGACACAAUGACGCAUCAAACGGCCACCAAGUUCAAAACGACCGUUCAGUCUUCUAUGGGGACAUUUGUUCCGUUCCUUCCGGAAUCGACGAUAAAGCCGGAGAUGAACGAGGGUGAACGUGAAUCGAAGAGUAGCACAACAAUUACUCCCGUCCCUUCUUCUGCAACGGUACCGACCACCGUCAUCUCCCAUUCCACUCGAUUUGGUCACGAAAUUUCCUCCAGCACCGUAGUAACCAUCGCCGCAAAUACUUUAUUCACGCUCGGCAACGACAGGCACACGGAAGACGCGACAUCUGGUGGCGCAACAACGGUUCACCCGUCUACAAACGGACGACCUCCGGAAGCUGAUCACGUCGCUACAGAAUACGAAACGGAGAUCACAACAAAUGACAGCCUCGAAUUAGAUAAUCAUCCGUUCCAACAUGCGGGAGACAACACUCCAGAAUCGGAAUCGUCUUUACCGAUAGAUCUAUCGUUGACACUGACGACCGUCCCCCGUGAACUUGUUGACAUCAGUAAACAGACGACGACAACGGUGAAAGCGAUGGCUGUUGAACCUCCGCUGAUGGAUCCGAGUUUAUUGCCGGGCGAAGUCCCAGCCAAUUCGUGCGACAGCAAUAUUUGCAUGAACGGAGGAACGUGCGUCAUGACCGCCGAAGGGUGGCAGUGCCGUUGUUCGUGGAGGAACGAAGGCCGUCGCUGCGAAACGGACAGGAAAUUGAAAGUACCGCAAUUUCACGGCAAUUCGUACCUAAGUUAUGCCGUAGCAGAUCGCACGCAAGCCGACGAUCAAAACCACCAGCAAGUACUGGAAGCACGGCUCGAGUUCAGCACGAUGGCACCUUUGGGUUUGAUCGCCUACAUCCACAGCAUCGAUGCUCACGUCUACCUGGCCGUUUACGUCGAGAGAGGGGCCCUCAAAUUCCGUUUAUCUUGCGGUCGCCAGCAAAUGACACUGGUGGAAACCAAAUAUAACGUCAGCGAUGGAGAUAUACACGCCAUUUUUAUGAGAUUUCUCAAAGUGGAAGAUCGAAAUUUGUCCAGCAGUUUUUGCAUGGGCUCUGUUAAAUUGAAUAAUUCAUACUCCAUGAACGGUGAGCAGAGAUUGGCCGACGAUGAGCAUUUUACCUGGCCCGGCAGACUUCACAUAGGCGGGCGGCCGUAUGGAGUGCCAACACCAGCCGAGCUCGUCUUCUUGCCCGGCAUUGUCGGAUGUGCCUAUAGCCUGGAGGUUGACGGCCAACGGCUGGAUAUGAUCGCAGACGCGGUUCAAGGCAAAGCCCUGGACGAGUGUCCCGAUCGUCGAGCCAAUUGUGGCGGAUUGCGAUGCCUAAACGGCGGAAUAUGCCGCGCGAAUUUCGACAGCAAUGCGCAACGCGAUGGCGAUCAGCAGUUCGAUGAAAGUGGUGGCGGUUGCAUUUGCCCGAUGGGUUGGGUGGGCGAUCAGUGCGAGAUCCGCCAGUGCCCUUGCAAUCCGUGCCAAGUCAACAGCACCUGUUUAAUGAGUCCAACCGACCAAAUGAUUUGCGUUUGCAGCUACGGCCGUAUCGGAUCCCUAUGUGAAAUUGCGGUGAACGUGACCCGCCCUCAAUUCGAUGGCACGUUCAUGGGUCAUUCGUCUUACCUGAGUCUGACUCCGCCGCCUUUCAUCCGCGACCACUUUGAACUGAAAUUCAGUUUCGUCACGGACGACGCCCGCCAAGUUGCCCUUCUCCUCUUCAUUGGCCAGCCAAUCAAUGCAGAUCAAGUCACGCUAGCUGGAAUCGAAGACAAAAGGGACUUUCUGGCCGUUAGUUUCAUUUGCGGACACGGGGCGCUGAUUUGGGAUUUAGGUUCGGGUGCCAGACGGAUCUUUACGGCCCGUCCAGUCUCCGUCUCUACGAUGGGCGACCAUUCGGUCCACGUCGGAAUGCGAGGGCGCGUCGCUUGGCUUCAGGUGAACAAUCAGCCAACGGUGACGGGCAGAUCGCCCGGACUCAUGUCUGUCCUCAACGCCCAUCCCAGUCCCUUUGUGGGCGGCCACUCUUCGUUCAACCAUACGCGACUGCCGUCCGACCUACCGUUGCACUCCGGCUUCCUUGGAUGCAUCUACGACUUGGUGUUCCGCUCGCGUGAAUUCGCCGACCGCGAACAGGAAUUCGAUCAUCACAACACGAUCAACCACUGGCUACCGGUUGUUCCAUCGGGCCGAGGCGUCCGUCAGUGCUCCAUUCCGUCGUGUCGAUUGCGCAUGUCCAAGAAUAGCGGCGAAAAUGUCACGUCGUUGGGCAGCAACGAUGUGGAGGAAACCUUUGCAGACGACGUUUGUUGA